AUGUUUUUUUUCUUGCUCUUUAUUUAUGUUUUGGGAGGCGUCACCUUUGUUCCGCUGGUGUUAUACUGUUCAUUUUAUUUAGCUGGAAAGUCGGUUCCUUUGAAACCUGAACUGGAUGAGGAUCCGCCAGAGAAGUUUGAUGCUGGAGUUUAUGAAGACGAGAACACGAAUGGUGUGAAUACUUACAUGUCUGGGUGGUUAACUGUCACCAGAGAGUUCUAUCAUUUUUCACAGGUUAACCCUUCGGAGCUCAAUUCUGGGAACAAUAACUCCACUGCACUAGAAAACUCGUCCAUUGAUUCAAAAUUUAGCUUGUACAAAAAGAAAGAGGACGAGGACGACCACGAUCCUUUACUUGUAGAUGCCAAGAAACUGAGAAUCCUUAGAAGGAAGAAUCGAUACAUGGCUGAAUUAAAACAUGGAAACCUCUUUCUUUACAGCGACGAACAGAAAACAAAUGUCCAACAUGUCAUUGUGUUGGCCAACUAUGGAACUCAUUUUGUGUCUGUCUGGCCUAGAAAUCUUCCAGACAAUCAACUCUUUACUAAAAGAUCUGCAAUUUGUAUAAUGAAGAAAAAACCUGAUCUUUUGGAGGAAAUUUCUGAAUCAGGCAUUGCUCCAAAAGGAUCAUAUUUUAUCUAUGCUGACUUGAACCAUGAAAAAGAAGAUUGGUAUUUUGCUUUGUUGAAGGCCUCAAAGAGGGACUAUAUCAGAACCAAUGAUUCUCAAGAUCUCCUAGAACCUUCACUGUACGCCGAUGUCUUGCAUUUUCAGAAUUCUGACAUGAUUAAUCUGAUUCAAAUACUCAAUUCAACAGAAGGCCAGCUAACAUCCAAAUGGUUCAAUGCUCUGAUUGGCCGUCUGUUCCUAGCAAUACAGAAUACAAAAAAAUUCAAAGAUUCAAUUAGGGCUAGAGUUGAUUCUAAACUUCAAAAGAUAAGAAGACCUGGAUUUUUAGAUGACUUUCAGAUUGAGCACAUUGAUGUUGGCAACAGUGCCCCGUUCAUUACUCAUCCUAAACUCAAGGAUCUGACCCCAGAAGGAGCACUGACAAUAUCUACCAACUUUUUGUAUGAGGGCAAGUUAACAGUUGAUAUUUCAACUAAAGUGAGUAUCAGUCUUGGAAAUAGAUUCAAGACCAAAGAGGUUAAUGUGAAACUCAGAAUCAAAGUGGUGAAGCUCCAAGGACUACUACUGAUCAAAAUGAAGCCUCCACCAUCAAACCGACUUUGGUAUGCAUUCGAAAAAAUGCCCUUAUUGGAUCUUCAGAUUGAUCCUAUUGUUAGCUCCCGCUCAUUCAAUUAUAAUUUGAUAACCAAAAUCAUCGGAAACAAGUUUAAGGAAGCUGUUAGAGAGAGUCUAGUUCAUCCGUUCUAUGAUGAUUUUGUUUUCUACAGCACUGAGUGUGAUAUUUUCAGAGGUGGUAUUUGGAAUUCCACCCAAUCACAAUCACAUCCCGAUUCCAUGGAUUCUCGACAAUCACCCGAAGCUUCGGAGGAUGUCGACUUGUUAUCGGUAGAGACCCAGGAAACUAAUAGAACUGCAGAGUACUCACUUCCUAUUGGUGACAAUGAAGUGGAUGCUGAUACAGUAUCACUGCGUUCAAAAGCAACAUCCACUAUUUCAGACUUAACCAAAAGAGCUAAUACCAACUUAAAGAAGCUGAACAGAAAAAGCGAAACUGAUCUUCUGGAUUCACCUAGCAUAUUGUCCUCUGAUUCUGCUUUUCAGGAGUCAAAAAAGUAUGUCUCCACUUCUAUCAAGAAAAUUGGCAAGUGGUAUAAAGAGCGAAAGGACGAUUCAACAGUCAAUCUCAUGACAGAAACUUAUAACCCCCCGGAAAUGAUUCAGUCUCGAAGAGGCAAGAAAACUGCACCGUCAUUGUCUUCGGAAAAGGAUUCCCCUUCAAGCAGAGAUAAUCAUGAGAGAGUACCUUCUUCUGAAAUGUUUGUUUAUAAGGAAAAAAUAUUAGUUGGUUCUCCAAGUUCCUCCGGAGGUAGAUUUCAUGGUACGCCCCAUUCUCAUAUCACAGACUACCCAGCUACGUAUGAUAUCUCUGAGAUUCCUGCUCCCAAAAUUACGUCUAAGGCCAUAAGAAAGCCUCCUCCACAGGUCAGUACAACUGAGGAGCUAGAAAAAGACACGGAAACAGAAUUGGAAACAAACAUCCCAGACACUGGCUCAGCUGCUAAAUCACAGAAACGAAGGCCCCCUCUACCUCCUAGAGAUAUCCAAGAGCCUGAACUGUCAAGUAUUCCAAGUGAGCCUAUCUUCAUCAAAGAAGAAGUUCACUCUCUGUCAAGUGAAUCUCCAAUUAUUAACUCUUCAGCUCCUGGUGCCGGAGAGCCUGAUUUUGGGGAGAGAUGCGAAGAUGGGUCAGAUCACGAGUCGGUAACUACUAAUUUUAGUAAAUAA